GGGCUUUGAUGCUUGCCAGGAUAACCAGUCUUUUAGGCCGAUCUCGUACGUCAUUUAGAGCAAUGUCAUCCACUUCACAAAGCGUUCAAUUACCAGAGAAGCGAUCUACGGAGGAAAUGAAAAAGGAGGAGCAGAAGUCCGAUUCAGCCCCUCAAGAUCGACCAUCAGCCGAGUCGUCCGACGCGACCACCCCCUCGGCUGCCGCAAAGCGUAUUAAGACGGCGAAGGAUCGGAAAGAUCAUUUUGACAAGAAACAGAGCUGGAAAGCGAAAGACUGGGCUACAAGCGGGAAAAAACCGGUCAGAGAUGGCCCGGCUCCUGAGCGUAAACCGAAAAAGAAGGUUGCCGUCUUGGUUGGGUUUUGUGGUACUGGAUACCAAGGCAUGCAAAUAAAUCCAACAGCAAAAAGCAUCGAAGGAGAGUUGUUCAAUGCAUUCUGCAAAACCGGAGCAGUGUCUGAGGAUAAUUCCGAUGAUCCGAAAAAGGUCAGCUUCACGAGAGCUGCGCGAACAGACAAAGGAGUGCAUGCUGCUGGCAAUGUCGUUUCCUUAAAGUUGAUCGUGGAAGACAAAGAUAUCGUCUCAAAGAUCAACUCAUAUCUGCCGGAUCAAAUUAGAGUGUGGGGCUAUGUACAAACUAUGCGAAACUUCAACGCCAAAACUGGUUGCGACUCUCGAGUGUAUGAAUAUCUCCUCCCCACUUAUACACUGAUGGCUAAGAAGCCCAUCGACCCUGUUCUUCUUGAAAAUGCCGCAGACCAAAAGUUGAUAGAACUGCCACCACCUACAGCAGAAGAACUUGCAGAAAAGCGAGCCUACCGAGCUAGUGAGGAACAGCUAAAGGAAGUAGCAAACAUUUUGAGCGCCUUUGAAGGCACAAACAAUUUUCACAACUACACCAUUGGCCGCCACUAUAAGGACCGAGCUUCCAGUCGCUACAUCAUGAGUUUCAAGGUUGACAAACCACAAUAUGUUGAUAAUAUGGAGUGGUUAAGUCUCAAAAUUCACGGACAGUCAUUCAUGCUCCAUCAAAUUCGCAAGAUGGUUGGUAUACUUAUUCUUGCCAUUCGGAGUGGAACACCAGCAGCGCUGAUCAGCAAAACAUUUGGCCCGGAAAAACUCAAUAUACCAAAGGCACCCGCUCUUGGUCUACUUCUGGAACGUCCUAUCUUUGAAACCUACAACAAGCGAAUCUCAACAAUAGAUGAAGGGCGCGAGCCUGUGAAAUUCGAUGAUUACGAGGAAGAAAUUAAUGCAUUCAAAAGCAAAUACAUUUACUCUAAAAUAUACGAAGAAGAGGUCAGGGAGAAUGUGUUUGACGGGUGGUUGCGGCUAAUUGACGGCUAUAGAGGAGUUGACUACGGAUACUUGAAUCCAGAAGGUGUGAUUCCUGAAACUUCUGUGAUAGGCAAAGGACAAGAGAGGAUGAUGGACACAGAAGAUAUUGAAGACGCCCAGGCUGAUGAUCGAGAGGGCUAAUUGGCAGAAGUUCUGAACUUCUCACGGUUCGGGCAGACAGUGAACCCAAAACGGAACAAAAGCUUGCGUUUUUGCGGGGUGUGUUUUUCCCAGCUUACA